AUGAGUGAAAUGGCUACCGAAACUCUCGAAAAUAUCAGACUAGAGGAUAUCCCUGUCGAUGACAUCGAUUUUUCCGAUCUAGAGGAACAGUACAAAGUUGCGGAAGAAUUCAGUUUCGAUCAAUAUAUCGUGGUUAAUGGUGCCCCAGUAAUCCCAUCUGCUAAAGUUCCCAUUUUGAAGAAAGCUUUAACUUCUUUAUUUUCCAAAGCUGGUAAAGUUGUUAAUAUGGACUUUCCAGUCGAUGAAGCUACCGGUAAAACUAAGGGUUUUCUUUUCGUGGAAUGUAAAUCUGUUAACGACGCUAAGAAAAUCAUCAAGAGUUUCCAUGGUAAAAGAUUAGAUUUGAAACAUCGUUUGUUUCUCUACACUAUGAAAGACGUUGAAAGAUACAACUCUGACGACUUCGAAACUGAGUUCAGAGAGCCUAAUAUGCCAACUUUCGUUCCAUCCAGUUCUUUGAAGUCCUGGUUAAUGGAUGAUAAGGUGAGAGAUCAAUUUGUAUUGCAAGAUGACGUGAAAACUAGUGUUUUCUGGAACUCCAUAUUCAAUGAAGAAGAUUCUUUGGUGGAAUGUAGAGAAAACUGGUCUACCAACUACGUUAGAUUCUCUCCAAAGGGUACCUACUUGUUCUCUUACCAUCAACAGGGUGUCACUGCGUGGGGUGGGCCAAACUUUGACCGCUUGAGAAGGUUCUAUCAUCCAGACGUAAGAAAUUCCUCCGUUUCUCCAAAUGAAAGAUACUUGGUUACCUUCUCCACCGAGGGAAUUGUUGUAGAAGAUGAUAACGAAUUUUCUCCAUUUACCAAGAAGAAUGAAGGUCAUCAAUUAUGCAUCUGGGACAUUGCUUCCGGUUUGUUGUUGGCAACCUUCCCAGUCAUCAAGAGUCCAUACUUGAAAUGGCCUUUAGUCAGAUGGUCCUACAACGAUAAAUACUGUGCUCGUAUGGUGGGAGAUAGCUUGAUCGUCCACGACGCCGCCAAAAACUUCAUGCCGCUAGAGGCGAAAGCUUUGAAACCUUCCGGUAUCAGGGAUUUCUCAUUUGCUCCAGAAGGUGUUAAAUUACAGCCAUUCAGAAACGGUGACGAGCCUUCUGUUCUAUUGGCUUACUGGACUCCUGAAACUAAUAAUUCCGCUUGUACUGCCGCCGUUGUUGAAGUUACUCGCGGUAGAGUCUUAAAAACUGUCAACUUGGUUCAAGUCUCUAAUGUUACUUUACAUUGGCAAAACCAAGCCGAAUUCCUUUGCUUCAAUGUCGAACGUCAUACUAAAUCUGGUAAGACGCAAUUCAGUAACUUACAAAUUUGUAGAUUGACUGAAAGAGAUAUUCCAGUUGAAAAAGUUGAAUUGAAAGAUAGUGUCUUUGAAUUUGCCUGGGAACCUCACGGAAAUAGAUUCGUAACAAUUUCGGUACAUGAAGUUGCUGAUAUGAACUAUGCCAUCCCAGCAAACACGAUUCGCUUCUACGCCCCAGAAAGUAAAGAAAAGACAGCAAAAAAUGUCAUCAAAAGGUGGACUUUGGUCAAGGAAAUCCCAAAAACAUUCGCAAACACCAUUUCUUGGUCACCAGCCGGCAGAUUUGUUGUUGUCGGUGCCCUAGUGGGACCAAACAUGCGCAGGUCAGACUUACAGUUUUUCGACUUAGACUACCCAGGCGAAAAGAAUAUUAACGACAAUAAUGACGUUUCAGCAUCUCUGAAGGAUAUAGCUCACCCAACUUACUCUGCGGCUACUAAUAUCACUUGGGAUCCAUCUGGAAGAUACGUUACCGCAUGGUCCAGUUCUUUGAAGCACAAAGUGGAACAUGGUUACAAAAUAUUCAACAUUGCCGGUAACUUGAUCAAAGAAGAUGUCAUCGGUGGAUUCAAGAACUUUGCCUGGAGACCAAGACCGGCCUCGAUCUUGCCCAACGCUGAAAGGAAAAAGGUUAGGAAGAACUUAAAGGAAUGGUCUGCCCAAUUCGAAGAACAAGAUGCCAUGGAAGCUGACACUGCUAUGAGAGACUUAAUCUUACAUCAACGUGAAUUAUUGAAACAGUGGACCCAGUAUAGAGAAAAAAUUGGCGAAGAAAUGGAAAAAUCUUUGAAUUUCAAAAUUUUCGACGUUCAACCAGAAGAUGCCAGCGAUGAUUUUACUACCGUUGAAGAGAUAAUUGAAGAAGUCCUGGAAGAAACUAAGGAAAAAGUUGAGUAG